AUGGCGCGUUCAAACGCAUAUCUCGCGCCCCUCUCCCUCAUAUUCCUCGGCGGCUCCCUAGUGAUGCUGUUCUUCGUCAUCCUAUCAGCCGUCACCGAUACAUCACCCCUAAGACAAACCUACUUCCUGUCGGCCCAGACCGGCGGCAUAACGGGCGCCCGCUCCGUCACCCAGUGGACCUACUUCUACAUCUGCGGUGAAGGCAACAUCGACUGUAGCGGCGCAUGGCCUGCUCCCCCCCUAGGUUGGGCCUGGUCCGCAAACCCGGCUAAUGCGCCCUCUUCUCUGAUCGGUGCCCAUGGUGGCGAUACUACGAGCUCCUACUUCUUCUACAUGUGGCGGUUCGGCUGGGUCUUCUUCUUAAUCGCGCUCGUGUUUUCCGUGCUUGCCUUCUUCGCAGGCUUCGUGGCAUGCUGCGGACGCUUAGGCUCGGCCAUCGCAGGACUCGGAGCUCUCGUCGCCUUGUUCUUCCACACCAUCGCCGUGUCGCUGAUGACAGCUGUCUUCGUUAAGAUGCGUAAUGCGUUUAUUGCGAGCGGCCGUGAUGCUAGCCUCGGUAGAUGGGCCUUCGGUUUCAGCUGGGGUAGCUGGGCCGCCUUACUGAUCGCCACAAUACUCUUCUGUCUGGGUAUCCGUGGUAGCAACGGUGAGAGUCAUACCGGUCGUAGAUGGGGCCGUCAGAGGAGUGUGCGGAGCCACCGAAGCUACGACAUGAACGGCCGACGUGUUAAGGAGGAGUAUGCCUAA